UUCCAAGUAGUAGCGAAACCGUUUUAGCUCUCAGACCAGUUCUCGCCUCCAUCGGCGACAACAAUUCAACGGAAAAUCCUCCGAUUUCUCUCUCCUCCGUUGAGCCACCGUGCCACUGCCGGAGGGAGAGUUAAUCUCUGAAUUAUUUUAAAUUCGAUUAGAGGACCCACCAUGAUCUUGAACUUUGUUCGCUGGAAUCCCAACAUCACAAUUCGAGGGAAUUUAUGAGCACGAGAUCUCUUCACUCGAUGCAUAGCUUUUAGUUAGUGCUCUUGUUGAUUGGUUGAAAUCGUCGAUCUGGAAUUCUGUGAAUGGAGAAUGGGCCAUGUUCUGAGACUUGCUCUGAUGCUGAUUCUUCUUUCCAUAGUUCAUCCGUCUUCCAGCUCAUAUGACUUCGAGCAUUGCAAAAAUUCAGUGAAGCAAUGGGCAUCUUCUUCCCUUCAUUCAGACACCAAAGAUGGUCAUAUUCUCAAGGACUUGCUCUUUUUCCUUCAUGUCCCAAGAACUGGAGGCCGAACUUAUUUCCAUUGCUUCUUAAAGAAACUCUAUUCUAGUGCUCUAGAAUGCCCUCGAUCUUACGACAAAUUGCGUUUUAAUCCCCACAAACCAGGUUGCAGACUACUUGUAACUCAUGAUGAUUAUAGCAUGAUGUCCAAACUUCCAACAGAGAAAACUUCAGUAGUAACAAUUUUAAGAAACCCUAUUGAGCGUGUUUUCAGUGCUUAUGAAUUUUCAAUAGAAGUAGCUGCUAGGUUUUUAGUGCAUCCAAAUUUGACCUCAGUGUUGAAAAUGUCUUCAAGAAUACGUUCCAAAAAUGGUGGCAUAAGCACUCUUGAGAUUUGGCCAUGGAAGUAUCUUGUUCCUUGGAUGAGAGAAGAUCUAUUCACACGGAGAGAUGAAAGAAAGAGAAGGGGCCCACAUCAUGCAUAUGGGAAUGAUUCAUAUGAUAUGGAGGAAAUUGUUAUGCCAUUACAUGAAUACAUAAAUCACCCUGUAGCUAUGGACAUUGUUCACAAUGGUGCUACAUUCCAGGUUGCAGGUUUGACCAAUAAUUCUAAUAUUCGUGAGGCACAUGAACUUCGCCAAUGUGUAAUAACACAUGAGAUUCUUGGGAAAUAUGUGCUUGAAGUUGCAAAGAAAAGGUUGGAUGAUAUGCUGUAUGUUGGAAUCACAGAGGAUCAUAGAGAAUCUGCUACAAUGUUUGCAAAUGUUGUUGGUGCUCAAGUUAUUUCUCAGUUAAUGGCAUCAACUGUAAAUAAUAAUAAUAAUAAUAAUAAUAAUAAUAAUAAUACAUCAGAACAGGGUCCUUCAGUUUCUGAUUCCACCAAUGAUACAUCUGAUGAUCAGGGUAACAGUUCAUCAACUGUUGAAGAACAAAGCGAAAGUAUGACAGUGGGGAAACUUAUGAAAACCUAUGAAACUUGCAUUUCUUCAUUAAGAUCAUCUCAAUCACAAAGGCGAAUUGCUUCUUUGAAAAGAAUUUCUCCAGCUAAUUUCACAAAGGAGGCACGUAGAAAUGUACCUGAUACGCUUCUCAAAGAAAUUAUUUCUUUAAAUAGUCUUGAUAUGGAACUCUACAAGUAUGCAAAAGAGAUUUUUCAAAAACAGCAUCAGAUUAUGAAAUUACAGGAUUCUGUUUCUUCUGUUACACCUGAGAAGUGGCAUUACAUGAUGUUUAACAACAUUGAUUCUACAUGGACAGUUGCUUAUUUUCUUGGUUUCAUGUUUUUGAUUUUCUUGAUUUGCUUUUAUAAAAGUGCAAAAAGAAGGAUAUCGAAAGUUAAGGUGUGAUUAAUAUUUUUAACCAAAUAUCGAUGGGAAUUUUUUAUGGGUUAUUUUUGGUGAUGAUUUUUGUGGGAUGUGUUAUUAUUUAUUGGGUUUAGAUCGAAUUGAAGGAAUAUUGUGAAUUGAGGUGAAGUUUGUAAUUAUGCACACAACUUGUUUUAUGAUUUGAAAACUAAAGUAAGAUGUUAAGUUUACACA